AUGGAUUCAGACGUGGAGUCCGUCUUUGACACUGCCCAGAGCGAGUCUGACGGAUACUCACCAGAAAAAACAAAAGCUAAGGCUGCGCCGAAGAAAGCGCCUGCCGCGAAAGCUGCCAAGAUGGUCCAAACCAAGCUCACGGUCGGCAAGGCGAAGGCGGCGCCCAAGAAGAGAACGAAGCCGGAUAGCGAUGAUAGCGAUGACGAUAGGCCUCUCUCCAGCACUCCUCCGAUGGCUAAGAAGCAGAAGAAGGCACCGGCGAAGAAGUCCAGUGGCAAGCCACUGGCUGAGAUCGAGAACGACAGCAUGCUGAUCGACGAUGAGCCAGCCCUGGCAGCUGCCUCCAAGUCCUCCAAAUCCGCCACCGAAACAUACCAGAAGCUCACGCAGCUCGAGCACAUCAUCAAGCGCCCCGAUACCUAUAUCGGGUCCGUUGAACGCACCGACCAAAAGAUGUGGGUUUUCAACAAGACGGAAAAGUUGAUGGAGAAUCGUGUUGUAUCCUUUGUUCCUGGUCUCUACAAGAUCUUUGACGAAAUCCUUGUCAACGCCGCGGACAACAGCCAGCGCGAUGCCUCCAUGACCUUUCUCAAGGUGACCAUCGAUAGCGAGACGGGUGAGAUUUCAGUCGAGAACAACGGCAAGGGAAUCCCGGUUGAGAUGCAUCAGAAGGAGGGCUGCUAUAUCCCCGAGCUUAUCUUUGGUCACCUUCUCACCGGUUCGAACUACGACGAUGAUGAGAAGAAGACGGUCGGUGGUCGCAACGGUUACGGUGCGAAGCUUACCAAUAUCUUCAGUUUGAAGUUCACUCUGGAGUGCCAGGAUAGCGUCAACGGCAAGCGAUACAAGCAGACCUGGACCGACAACAUGUCCAAGAUGGAAAAGCCCAAAAUCACAGCCAACAAGACCAACGACUUCGUCAGAGUGACCUUCCUUCCGGACUACAAGAGAUUUGGCAUGGAGAACGGCAUUGAUGACGACUUGGAAGCCCUCAUGUACCGCCGUGUGUACGACAUGGCAGGCACCAUGGCCAGCGUCAAAGUCUGGCUGAACGGGGAGCAACUCAAGAUCGCCAAGUUCAAGGGCUAUUGCCAGCUAUACGCCAAAUCAAUCGCUGCCGAGCGGGGUGACGUUGUUCCCGAAGGCGAGAAACCUACUGCUGCGAAUGUAGAGUAUGAGGAGGUCAGGGACAAGGGCAGAACGUGGCAGGUGGGGUUCACUGUGUCAGAUGGUUCGUUCCAACAAGUGUCCUUCGUCAACAAUAUCGCCACAACGUCGGGUGGUACACACGUCAACUACAUUGCCGAUCAAAUCACCGAAGCCCUUCUGAAGGAGCUCAACAAGAAGAAGAAGGGCCAUGGUCUCAAGCCGGCCAACUUCCGCAACUACAUCUUCAUCUUCAUCAACUGUUUGGUCGACAACCCUGCCUUCACCUCCCAGACCAAGGAGCAACUGACGACCAAAGUUAGUGCCUUUGGUAGCAAGUGUAUCCUGAGUGAUGCCUUUCUCAAAAAGGUCCAAAAGUCUGAAGUCAUCGCCAACAUCAUGGAGUUUGCUGAAAGGAAAGCGGAUAAGAUGCUGGCAAAAUCGGACGGCAACAAGCGUGCUCGUGUGAGCAACGAGAAGCUUGUCGACGCCAACUUGGCGGGCACCAAGCGUGGCCACGAGUGUACCCUGAUCUUGACGGAAGGUGACUCUGCCAGAGCAUUGGCCGUUGCUGGUCGCGCUGUCCUGGAUCCGGAUCGCAUCGGCGUGUUCCCUCUUCGUGGAAAGAUGCUGAACGUGCGUGACGCAUCGACCGAGCAGAUCAUGAAGAAUAAGGAAAUCGAAAACAUCAAAAAGUUCCUGGGUCUGAAGCACAAGCAAGUGUACACCGAUACCAGGGGUCUCCGAUACGGCCAUUUGAUGAUCAUGGCCGAUCAGGAUUUGGACGGCAGUCAUAUCAAGGGCUUGCUCAUCAACUUCCUUGAGGUUCAGUUUCCUUCGCUGCUGCGCAUCCCCAACUUCUUCCAGCAGUUCAUCACCCCUGUCGUCAAGGUGUGGCAAGGCACAAACCCAAAGAAGCCUCUGCGUCCCAAGUCGUUCUUCAACCUCGUCGAGUAUGAGACGUGGAAAGAGAACAACAAGAAUGAACUCCGGAAGUGGAAGUACAAGUACUUGAAGGGGUUGGGUAGUUCUUCGAACGAAGACGCCCAAGUCUACUUCACUGAUCUGGAUCGCCAUCUCAAAGAAUUCGAGACACUCAAGCCAGAGGAGUCUCAGAUGCUUGACAUGAUCUUCAGCAAAAAGAAGGCCGAUGCUCGCAAAGAAUGGUUGGGCAACUUUGUUCCGGGAACCUUCCUCGACUCUACGGCUCAGAGAAUCAGUUACUCCCAGUUCCUCCAGAACGAAUUCAUUCUGUUCAGUAUGGCUGACAACAUCCGAUCGAUCCCGUCCAUGAUCGACGGCUUCAAGCCUGGUCAGCGCAAGGUCAUUUACUCUGCCUUCAAGCGCAAUCUUGUCAACGACCAGAAGGUUGUGGAACUUGCCGGUUAUAUUUCCGAGCAAGCCGCCUACCAUCACGGUGAACAAUCUCUGCAGCAGACAAUCAUUGGUCUAGCUCAGACCUUUGUCGGCUCGAACAACGUCAACUGCCUAGAACCUAGCGGCAACUUUGGUUCCCGACUCUCUGGUGGAAAAGAUUCUGCCAGCGCUCGUUACAUUCACACGAGACUGUCCCCGUUUGCGCGCAAGGUCUUCUCCAAGCUUGACGAGCCCAAUCUCGAGUACCAGUUCGACGACGGCAACAUGAUCGAGCCCAAGGUGUAUGCUCCGAUCCUACCAAUGGUCUUGGUCAAUGGUGCCGACGGUAUUGGUACCGGCUGGAGUACUUCGAUUCCCAACUACCACCCCAUGCACAUAGUGGAGAAUCUGAGGCGCCGGAUGGGAAGGUUUGACCCUGACGAUACCGAGGAGAAGCCCUUCGUCCCCAUGGCACCAUGGUGGCGUGGUUGGAAAGGAACUCCGGAGCAGGAAGCGCCCAACAAGUGGCGUUUCAACGGUAUUAUCAGGCAAGAUGAGCAGAACCCAAACGAGAUCCACGUUACUGAAUUGCCAAUCCGCAUGUGGACUGAUGACUUCAAGGCUAAGCUUGAGGACAUCAUCCAGAACGACAAGACACCGACCUUCAUCAAGGAUUACAAGGAGUUCAACGACCACAAGACGGUCCAUUUCAUCAUUGACAUGGACGAGAAGCACCGAGAGGCAGCCCUCAGGGAGGGUCUGUUGGAGAAGUUCAAGCUUACCACUACCGUCUCCACAACCAACUUGGUGGCCUUUGACACUCAGGGCAAGAUCAGAAAAUACGACAAUGUGGAGGAGAUCAUGGAGGAAUACUACCACUACCGCCUGAAGAUGUACACAGAGCGCAAGAAGCAUUGGCUCAAGGUGUACCACGCCGAUUACCGGAAGCUCAAGAACCAGUACCGUUUCAUCACGGAAAUCAUCGACAACAAGAUGGUGGUCAACCGAAAGAAGAAGGCUGUCUUGGUGCAGGAGCUUCGUGACCGCGACUAUGAGGCAUUCCCUCCCAAGGAGGAUAAGAAGGUCAAGUCGCCUGACGAGGAAAUGGCUGCUGAAGAGGCCGAAGAUGACGACACCGCUGGAGGCGCUCGUGACUACGACUACCUGCUUUCGAUGCCUGUCUGGUCUUUCACCAGCGAGCGUCUUGAGAGACUCAAAAACCAGAUUGCGGCCAAGAAGGCGGAGCAUGAUGAACUGCAGGCUCUGAGCGAGAAGGACCUUUGGGUCAAGGAUUUGGAUGCUUUCCAAGAGGAGUGGGAAACGCAGCUGAAGCUGGACGAUGAGAUCGCCACCGGCAUUCGCAGAAUGGGUCGCCGCAAGUCGGACAAGCUCGGUGUAGGGAAGGGAGGAGGCCGCCGUCGGAAGGAUGAUGACGCCUAUGAGCCAGAGAAGAAAUCUAGGGCCAAGGCCGUCAAGGCUGCUCCUGUGCCUAUCAAGACGGAGAAAACCCAGCAGCGGUUUGCCGAGGCGUUUCAGGCAAAGUCCAAGCCGAAGCCUGUCGCUGACAAAACCUUGCCAGAUGUUGAAGCGGGCGGUGGGAUAUCUGAUGACGAUUUUGCCCUCUUGGGUAAGAAGGCAAUGCCCAUCAACACUAAAGUGAAGGAAGAGUCGGAGGCUCCCACAGCAACCAACGGUCGUACCAAGCGCGCGGCUGCUGCGAAGUCCAAGUAUGUGGUAUCGGAUGACUCGGACGAGGACUUUAUGGAUUUGGGUAAACCUUCAGUAGAUGAAGAUGUGGAUAUGGCUUCAGAACCCGAGGAGGCCGUGGCCGAGAAGCCGCCCGUCAAGCGCGUGGCAGCAGCAGCAGCCAAGGCGAAGCCGUCAUACAAGCUCAGCGACAACGAAUCGGACGAGGAAGUGGAGGAGAAGCCGCCCGUCAAGCGCGCGGCCGCGGCCAAAGCAAAGCCAUCCUACAAGCUCAGUGAUGAUGACUCUGAAGACGACUUUGAGGCGAAACCACCAGCCAAGCGUGCAGCCGCAGCCAAGGCCAAGCCGAUGUAUAAGCUCAGCGAUGAUUCGGAUAGUGACGACAGCUUGAAGCUCGGUGAUGUCGGUGCUAUGGUCAAGGGCAUAGGAGCUCCAGCUUCGAGCAGCAGCGGUGGCAGGCUUAGUCUGUUUGCCAUGUCCCAUUCUGGAGGUGGGGAUACUUCAGUUCUCCCCAAGAUGAAGUCCAAGCCAUCCAAGCCCAGUCUCGACUUGGACGACCACGACGACACCAAUUACGAGGCGCUCGCCAGGUCAUCCCCCCUGAAGACCAAGGAGGAUAACUUGGAUGAUUUCCUAUCAGACGACGACGUUCCCGCUGCCAAACCUGCUCCCAAGGCAGCAUCCAAGGCAAAGGCCCCUCUCAGUGUCGUUCCAGCACCGGCCAAGAAGCGUGGACGUCCUGCCGGCAGCAAGAGCACUAAGGACAAGGAUGAGGCAACUGCUCCCAAGGCCAAGGCCGCUGUUACCAAGACCGCCAAAACAGCCGCUGCUAAGCCCAAGGCACCACAUCUCUCACCAGCUGCGAAGGCGUAUGCUGCUAAGAAGGCCAAAGCUCAAAAAGGCUUGAGCGACGAUGAGGGCGAUGAGGCUAUGGAAGAUGCCCCAGAUAGUCCUCCCGCAGCCAGGCCCAAGGCCAGGCCUGGUCGUGCCGCAGCCGUGAAGAAGAAGCCGAUUGUGAUUGACAGCGAUGAGGAUGACUCGAUAGGUGGCGGUGGUGGGGAUGACGAAAGCGAUGAUUUCGACAUGAGCGAUUAG